AUGGCGAACGCGACUUUCGCGUCCGGCCUGCCGCCGCUCCCGGCGUACGAAAUCCGGCCACAGCCCGACCUCCUGCCCUUCAUCUCCGAUUUCUGGCUGUCGCUCAUCGCUACACACAUCGCGUACUGGGUCGUCUCCCUAAUCUUCCACAUCAUCGACGUCUACGACCUGUUCCCGCAGUACCGACUACACACCCCCGAGGAGAUCAGCCAGCGGAACCUUGCGUCGCGCUACGAAGUCGCGCGGGAUGUUGUCCUGCAGCAGAUUAUCCAGACGGGCAUGUCGGCCUUCCUGUCGCUGACGGACCCCGUGGCGACGAUAGGCCAGGAGGACUACGAUGUCGCGGUUUGGGCCACGCGGGUCCGGCUGGCGCAGCGCGCGCUCCCGUCGGUGCUCGGAACGCUCGGCCUCAAUGCUGCGGCGAUCUCGAAGAACAUGGCCACUUCCUACCCCCUGCUCGCCGGCGCCUUGGCAGGCGGGCACUACCCGUUCCUCACGACUACCCUCGACGACGUCACCGGCGCUGCUGUUCCCGCGUUUGCGGCCUGGGAGCUGGCGGUGGCCAAGGCCAUUUACUGGCUCAUCAUUCCCGGUAUUCAAUUCUGGCUGGCCACCGUGUUCCUCGACACAUGGCAGUACUUUUGGCACCGGGCGAUGCACAUCAACAAGUGGAUGUACACCCACUGGCACUCUCGCCACCACCGAUUGUACGUCCCCUACGCCUACGGCGCGCUUUACAACCACCCGAUUGAGGGUUUCCUGCUCGACACUCUAGGCGCGGGCGCGGCCUACAAGGCGUCGAUGCUGAGCCCCCGGCUGGGCCUGCUGUUCUUCGUGUUCAGCACUGUCAAGACAGUCGACGACCACUGCGGGUACGCCCUUCCAUGGGACCCCAUGCAGCACAUCACGAGCAACAACGCGGCCUACCACGACAUCCACCACCAGAGCUGGGGCAUCAAGACCAACUUCUCCCAGCCCUUCUUCACCGUCUGGGACCGUGUCCUCGGUACGAAGUGGAAGGGCGACACCUCGCUCAAGUACGAGCGCACGAGGACCGCAGCGACGAAAAAGGCGGAGAAGAAGGCGGUGGGAGAAAGCAGCAGCAUCAGCAGCAGCGUAGCGAAUGGGAGUGCUGUUCCCCGGACGAAUGGGACAGUCAAAACCAAGUGA